UGGAAGUGCCCUGCUUUGGGCAUUUUCAUGGUUAUUAAUUUGUACAAAGAAUCACAACAUGGAUAAAAUGGUAACCGAAUUAGCAAAUCGGGCUGCUGGAUAACUGGAACUCGCUGCAAAAGGCCAACCACUCAGUACCCGGCAAACUGACAAAGACGUUGAAAGAAAGUUGAGAUUCCCAGUGGGCAAUGUAUAUAAAAAUAUGCAAGAAGCAGAAGAAAUGCACACAUUCAACCACCUCGAUGAAGUUGUUGCUGCGGUCAGCCUGGUGCCUAGAAAGAAGACCCAAGCCAAGCUGCCGCAGACUGCCCUGUUCCAGCCUCCUCGGGAGAAGCUGCAGCUCUGUGAAGAAAGAGCCAAGUCCUAUUCCAGCAGUCACUGUUACAAACAAGCCAUCCAGGAGCUUGUGCGUUGUGUUGCAUUGACAAGAAUUUGCUAUGGUGACUCACAUUGGAAACUAGCAGAGGCCUAUGUUAAUCUGGCUCAAGGCUACCUCCAGUUGAAAGGGUUGCCGCUGCAAGCAAAACAACAUAUAGAAAAAGCCCAAGAAAUUCUCACCGACUCCAUCGAGUUUUCCUUCAGCAACAAUACAGAUGUUUUCAAAUGUUCAGUUGAACUUUUUCACACCAUGGCUAGAGCCUUGACCUCACUUCAAAAAUUUAAGGAAGCUUCAGAGAACCUGGGAAAAGCAGAGAGACUGUCGAGGGAGCUACUGCAGUGUGGAAGAAUUAUAAAGGAAGAAUGGGUAGAAAUGCAAGCACAACUCAAGCUGGCAUCAGCACAAUUGUAUCAAGGUCAGAAGAAAUCAAAAGAAGCUCUACUUCAUUAUCAAGAGGCAUUGGAAUAUAUCGAGAGAAGUAAAGGUGAAAAAAGUCUUGAGUGUGCUCCCGUCUUGAGGGAACUAGCAGGUGUAGAACAAACCUUGGGACUUCACGACGUGGGCAUCAACCAUUUAAUACAGGCCCACUUCAUCGUCCUGAGUAAAUACCCCUCUCAAGAAGAGGCAGCUGACUCUGCACGCUUUGUGGCCCAGGCGGCUGUCACAUCCGGAAGGCCUGAGCUUCAUGAUGUGGCUAAGCAGUAUUUCCAAGAGAGCAUGGCUAACCUGAAAGAUGCUGAAGGCAUGAGAAGAGCCAAAUUUCUUUUAAUUCAAGAUGAAUUUUGCCAUUUCCUGAAAAUCACUGGACAAGAAGAGCGAGCGCUCUCCAUCCUGAGAGGGUCCCUGGAAGACAAGGUGGGCGCGUUUGGUGAUUUCAGUGCUGAGGUGGCAGAGACGUACCGGGUCCUGGGCCGAGCAGACCAGCUGAAGGGAAACCACAGCCGGGCCCACAGGAAACUGAAGAAGUGCCUUCAGAUUCAGACUCUCUUAUACGGACCGCAGGACAAGAAGACCCUGGCUACCCAGCAGACCCUGGACGGCCUGUCCAAGGCCUUGGAGGUUGCUGGGAAGUCCAGGCAGGCUCAGAAAGCCCUGCCAGCAGUCUGUCCCACCAGACCUCAGUAUCCUGUGCCUAGAAAGGCAAAGGCCAACACCGCAGACUGAGACCUGCCCCCACCUCAAAGAAAGCUGCGAUCAGACCUGGCCACUUACAGCUCUCUCCAACUGCAAGAUAGGAUUCACCAGCCAGGGUGUGGAUCCUCCAGGAUCCAGCAUCCAACAGCGACGUCCCUGACCUCCACACCACAUUUUGACAGUGAGUGCAGCCCUUCAGGGGUUCUGGCGCUGCUACAAAGCACUUUCCUUUUUACCAUCUGAGUAGUUCUUCUUGCCAAGAAAUUUUUUACCCAUCCACACUGCCAAGAGACUUCCUUCCAAGCUCAAAACUCUGGGUGCACUGUGCAGGGACACAGGUGCAUAGACUUGGCAUCUGGUUGCCUGUCUAGCACCUUGCUCAGGUCUGUAGAUUUGGGAGCAACAAAGUUCAGAAUACCACCCCCCUCACCCCUAGAAAGAAUAGACUGAGAAGAGAAGGGUAAUAAAAGGGAGCCUGAAGCUCAUGGUGUCCUGUGUUUAGGAAGGUGUGUUUCAACUGAAGUCGACCCUGGAGUCCCUCCAGCCUGAAAAGGGGCCCCUUCCUGUCUUCAGUCCCUCGUCAGACUGACUGAGCACCGGCCGUCAGCACCACAGCCGCGGCCACGCAGAGCUCACGACUGCGGUGCUGCUAGAGGCUCAACAUUGCACGAGCGCUCGUUGGCGGCCACAGCAGCAAGGACAGACUGGGCUGGGCUGGGAGGCAGCGUCGGGGAAAUGUAAGGCAAGCGGACAGGGUGCUGCCAACACUGAGCUUGCUGGGCAGGAGGGUCCUGGCAGAACUUUAUGAUCUUCCUGUGGCCUCUGUCCUCCAAGCAGGGAGAAGCCGGUGGCUGCCACUCGGAGCGUCUUUGUGCGCUGGCUCAGCCCGGGCCCUGUUGCCCUGAGCUCCAGGCCCGUCAGCGCUCCAGGCUCAGCACGUGUGUGGGUGCACCCCAGGACCCACAGUGACGGCCGGGCUCCAGUGGCAAGGUUGUCCUCGCAGACGAAGGGAAACCAGUGCAGGGCCAGGUGGAUGGAGCACCCAUGGGUGGUUGGGGGUAGCUCAGGCAGGCUCCAGGAACCCCCACCCCCUGGUUGCACAGGGACAGAAUGGCAGAACCUCAGCACCAGAGAAGCCCAAGCCCCUCUAGCCCUACCUGUGCAGGGUGCCACCCUGAGAGAUGGUGAGGGCAAUACCCCACAGGGCUGUAACGGGGCAGAAGAGGAAUGACUUCACCCAGCCCUCCCUCUCUGUGACUGAUUGUCUUGUCCCCACUGCCAUGGAGCCCAGGAGACCGUGUGCUGUGGGCCACGUGGGAGGCCACCAGUUCCAGGCAGCAGCCCCCAGUGCCUGUUCCCUUUCCAGUCAGUGCCACAAGCCCACCACGGUCCUUCUGGAAUGUGUGGCUUAUGUGGCAGUUGCCUUUUCAUGACGAGUUUUUCGGUUAUUUAGUGUUAAAAAUAGAUUCGCAGAACACAUGCCAUUUCAAUGUUUAUGUGGAAUUCAGGAACAUCGGAUCCGCCCACCGUAUGCAACCAUCACCAUUCAAAAACCACCGGGUCACUGCGGACUCUGGAGACCGCCUAUGGGCGUCCAGGACUGUAACUGUUUACAGGAGGAGCUGCUGGUGGUUUCCAACUGCACAUGGAAUGAAAGAGAAUGUGUCCAUGGCCUCUCUCGUAUCCCUUCAUUGUCCUGGACGCGGUCAUCUCCGAACACCUCCUUUUCCUCCUUCACCAAUGCCGCCCUCCGCCUCCUGCCCAUCAUGACAUCCGUCCCCAUUUAAUCACCAAAGAAAAAGAAGCUUCUCCGGCCUCCGUCUCAGGGAGGACAGGUGGACUGGCCACCCCUUUGACCUGCCUGGGUCAAGGCAGCACUUCCCAGACUCCUGCAGAUCUCUGUGCAGUGUGCUCAGGCCUACAGGAAGACCUGCCCAGCCUGGGAGCCCAGCAGCUGCAGAUCCCACCUGCACACCCUCAGAGCUGAGAAGCCUGCACUCCAAUAGCUGGGUCAAAGCAGACCAUGGGGCUGCUGCCCAGGUAAUAACAAGAGUGCUGCUUGCCAGCGUUUUAAGUGGCAGCGCUGUGUGAGGCCGGCUAAGGAUUCACUACGUCCUUCCUGUUCCUCAUCACAAUUUGCCUUGUUUCUGCUCGCAGUCAGCACUUAAUCUGCUUCUUUUACCCUUUCCCCUGAACCUCAGGGUUCCAGGAUUAUUGCAUGUUGCAUUUGGCUUACCAUUUUUAUGGUAGUGUCUAGGCAGCCCGCCUGCCAAGUCGGGCUUGCUAGAAGGCCAUUGCAUUGGUUAACUCAACCUGAGGAGACGACAGCUGUUUUAAAGACUAUUUGUUAAAUAGGAACAAACGGAGAGCGCCCCGAAGGCACAAUCAAAGCAGUCGACUGCGAACGGACGGUUGGCAGUUGAAACCCACCAGGGACUGCGGAGACAGAGGUCUUGCAAUCUGCUUCCCUGAUGGGGCAGGUCCACUGUCACACGGGGCCACUAGGAGUCUGCACACUGACACACAGCACCCACCGGCAGCGAGUCUGCAGAAAGGGUAAGCAGUUACAAAUAGGUAAGGAUUGCCAGCUACUCCGUGGCUUCAACCCACCUUGUUUUUCAAGCUCCUCCACGAUGGCCUGAACACCUCCUCAUUUGCACCAUUGGGUAACCCCCCCCCCCCACCCCGAAGUGCUGCAUCUCAUCUUGGGGACGACACCUCCUUCCUGGGCAAGCAGGAGAGCUGAUCACCCUGUUUGCAUUGACCUCCUAUGCUGACCUUAACCACACUGUUCAGGCUGUACUUGAAUACCAACCAGUAAGUUUAUGCUGUCUCCCCUGCCUGCUAGAAUAUGUGAGCUAUUACCAAGCUCGGAUUCAGGCGGGGAAACUAAGCGAUGUCUUAGAGGGCUCUCCUGUGAUUCCGUGUUUCCAUAAACACGUAAUGUAAGCCAUGAUUUGCUCGGAGUUUAAAAAGACACCACCACUGUAUACUGGAAAAGAUUCAUGCUCUUUAGAAAAACUGUAGACUCUUUUUUUCUUGCUUAGGCUUUUAUUUUUACACAUUCCUGUGAUGUUUAUCUUCUUACGGAAUAAGAGGCUAGCAAAACCAGCUUUUUGAUUGCGUUCUGAACAUACAUUUUAAACACACAAUUCCACAGCCAGUGGGAAGUAGGGAAAGGUACUCGCUCGACACCAUCUUGUCUGCACAACAAUGAACAGAGAGACAGGCUGCACCCCAGCCCUGCAACCACAGCAUUGGGUCCGGCAUCUCCCAUUUCUGCUUUGGAACCCCAGAGCUGUGGGUGGCCUGUCAUCAUGUUGAGGGUGCACACUGUUGCUGAAUUAUCCUGACUUUAAUCCACACAGCCAGGGAUUCCAUACUGUUAACGGACCUUUAAAAACAGGUGCUUCAGAAACACUCCUUCAAGAUGUGCACGCAGACUCAGAAAGCAAAAUGAAGGUCUAACUUUAUCUUCCGAAGUAGAAGUGGGUCAGGAAAAUAAUAACUUGCUUGUGUUAGCAUCCAUGUGCAAAGUUGUGAUCUAGGGCGAUUAGCUCAAACUAAGCUGCUUAAACUCACAAAUCAGAUUCCUGAUCGUCAGUCUGUUUUGCCAUCAAAACACUAGGUGGUCACCUUGAUCAAACUCUCACCAUAAAAAUGCCCAUUACAAGGAAGGCAAGGUUGGGAUGUCUUUGGCUACAUUAGAAAUGAGAGCUCUCUGGGGAGUAGUAAAGCAACACCUAUUUAUACUAAUCAGGAGUUCAUUUUCGUAGAUUAAAAAUGUUUUAAAUGUACAAUUGAAAUAAACUUUUGAUACUUUGGUUCA